UACCAGUAACCAAGGGCACCUUCUACUUAAAGAUUCAUAAUGUAUAAAUGAAUGAAGUAUUCAUCCCCACUGCAAAUGUAUAAUCUUCAUUUUAAAGCUAUUAAAUAUUUAUACACUUACAAUACUGUUGAUGCAGGGCUAUGUUAAAAGACUGAGAACAGCAAGUGAAAAGCUUCAACAGAGUAGUAGAAAAGCUGUAGCAGGUUUAUUUUAAAAAAAAAAAAAAAAAAAAAGAAAAAACUUUUUGGGAUGUUUGUUCAAGGAUCAGUGUAGUGUCUCUUCAGCAUCCCUUAACUGUAUGCAUAAUCUCUGGUGGUUUAAAGCAUAUACUUGAUUGGUUUGUGAGGCCUUAAACAGCUUAUAAUGGAACUAAUGGCUGUUUGUCAUCCUUGGAGAUCUAAAUUUCCUGGUUGUAUUUACUGCAGUCAAUGCAAAAGGAAUGCACCAAGUGUUAGGCAGAGCUCAAUACUUAGAGGAGGGGCCUCUGCUUCACAGUAGAAAGAGGAUACAGAAGAAAAGAGAGAAAGAAAAGAUCUGAGCAAAUUACUGAAAAAAAUCAUUUGUGCUUUUAGAUGGAGAAAUGGAAAACUCGUUGGAUGGUUUAGAAAAAGCAUCAUUAGCAAACACUGAUGUGGUUCUACCAGGAUCCCAAACACCCCCUCUCAAAAGGAAAGGCAAACUUUCUUCAUUAGGUAAAAUUUUUAAGCCUUGGAAGUGGCGAAAGAAGAAAACCAGUGAGAAGUUCCAGCAAACCUCAGCAGUUUUAGAGCGAAAAAUAUCAAUGAGGCAAAGUCGAGAAGAACUAAUUAGAAGAGGUGUUCUGAAGGAUAUCUCUGAUCAAGAUGGAGAUGUGACUGUAAAUUCAGAAACAUCAAAUGGACAUACAGUACCUAUCAGUAUAGAGCCUGUUAUGGAAGAAGUUCAAGCAGAUAUAGAGAAGCAGAAGGAUCUGUCAGCAGAAAACAAAGACCAUUUACCUGGAGAAACAGGGGAGAAGCCAGAACGAAUUGAAAACAGGCAUCUCCAGAAGGUUCAUCCUGCUCGUGCUCGGGAUACCACAGUUAAAAAAUCUCAAAUGCCUUUAAAAACUCAAAGCGGAGCAUCUGCUGCUAAUUUCAAGAAGGAAGAGCCCCCAGUCAAAAAAACACCCAAAACCACUGCCAAACAACCACCUACGGCAGGGUCUAAACAAAGUUCUCGAAACACUAAUAAUACAAAUGUAAAACAGUCUCAUACUAAAAAGGCUGCAGCUUCAAAGACAGUGGCACAGUCAUCUUCACCAUCCCCUUCUGGGUCCUCAACGCCAAAAUCAAAAGCCAGUAGUACGAAUAAAACCUCUUCCUUGGGAAUCAGUAAAGCUAAUAAAAAACCUGAUAAACAAUUGGACAACUUGAAAGGACGAACAGCAAAUACUCCAAAGACUGUCCCAUCUGCAAGUCCAGGCUGUGAUGAUACGGAGGUAUUGAAAAGUAAGAAAGAGCCUAAAGGAUCUGAAACUUCUUGCAUUGAUUUACCUGGUGAACAUCUGGCAUCCCAACAGCCUUCAUCUUCUGAUUUACCAGAUAGUAACUCCAUUGUAUCAUUUUUAGAAGAGGCAGGGGAUUCACCUGAAACACCAAUAUUGUCUGAAAAUAAAACUUCAGAGAUAUCUGAUCCUGGUUCAAAUUCAACAAAUGACCACAUUGAUCAGGAGCAAAAUAAACAAGUGAAGACUGAUGAAGAUGAAGCUAUUGUCCUUCCUACUGCUGAAGAAGAUGUAACAUGUUGUACAAAAAAAGAAAAUGAAGACAGUGUUUCCUGUAAAUUCCAAGUCUUAAUACCAGACACCCCUGAUGUUUCUGUGAUUCCUGAUGAUGAUAAUAAGGAAAACCAAAUCAGUGAUUCAGAUUCAGAUGGCCCAGUACUUUACAGGGAUGAGGAUGAGGAGGAAGAUGAUGAUGAAGAUGAAUCAACAUCAAAUUCUCUUGCAAGUAAAAUACGAAGAAGGGAUACGCUUGCCAUAAAACUGGGUAACAGGCCAAGCAAAAAAGAACUUGAGGAGAAGAAUAUUCUUCCAAGGACUUCAGAAGAGGAGAGACAAGAAAUUAGACAGCAAAUAGGGUGCAAGUUGGUUAGGCGGUUGAGUCAAAGGCCAACAACUGAAGAGCUGGAACAAAGAAACAUACUGAAACAAAAAAAUGAAGAGGAGGAGCAAGAAGCUAAACAAGAAAUCAAAAGAAGACUUUCCAGAAAGCUUAGUGUAAGACCCACAGUUGCAGAGCUGGUGGCACGUCGUAUUCUCCGGUUUAAUGAGUAUGUGGAAGUAACUGAUGCCAAGGAUUAUGACCGGAGAGCAGAUAAGCCAUGGACAAGACUAACACCAGCUGAUAAGGCUGCCAUUAGAAAAGAACUGAAUGAGUUCAAGAGUAAUGAAAUGGAAGUUCAUAAAGACAGUGUGCAGUUCACAAGGUAUCAUCGCCCUUGAAUCUAUGGACUGGCACCUAAGGCAGACAACACUGGAUGCUCUCUACUAUACUGCACCUGAGCCAACUGACCACUGAAACAUAUGACAUCAUGAGAAGCCAUUAAGUUCAGAUUUAUUCAUUCAGUUUCUAGAAAUAAUAUUCCAAUACACACAAAUGAUAAACAUUACAUCUUGUACUGAGAUCAAGUCAUAGUAAUUAAUACAGUACAUGUAUAGUAAGUACAGUUGCACGGUCAUGGCACUAAUUGUGAUUACUGUAAGAGUGUGGAUGGUGGUAUUAACACUUACCUGAUUAUUUAAAGAGAUUGAACUAAUUAAACAAAAAAGAUGAGAAGUAGUCUACUUGUAAUAUUUAUUAUGUCUCACAUCUCAGUACAUAUUAUCGUUAUAGUUUACAUAACAUUUUAUCCUUAAUAUGUCCAGGAUCCCCAUGACCCUGCUCUGGAUAAGCAGAUUUGGAAAAUGGAUGAUUACAUAAAAAAAUAAGUAAAAAUCAGAAUUUAAAAAGCUUUCCAUGGUGUCCCCAUGUGUUUUCUAGAUGGCUAAAAAUGAAGACUAUACUACCUGUAGAUGGUUAACUCAUCCAGCAUUUUACUUAUCAUUGCUUCAGUGUCUUCUCAGUCAACAUCAGAUGAAGUUAAGUGAGAGAGGAUGUUGUUCACUAAAUUUUUAAAACAUGUACUCGCCAGUGGAGUGUAAAGUAUAUGUCUCUUAUUUUUAAUUUUACAUUUGAAAAAAAAAAAAAGUUGUUUUUUUGUUUUGUUUUUUUUUUUUUGCCAGUUGAAACAGUAGCAGUAUUAGCACUUGUUUAUUCAUAAGAGCAUGUAAAAGGUUGAUAUCCACUAACUGGGUUGUUCUAAAGCUGCCGUUACUUGUCUGUACCUUUACAGUGACUUGCAUGAUACACUAAGUGCUGUAUCUGUAUGCAAACUAUCUUACUAGCAAUAACAGAUGAUACUUGAAUUACUUUGAUUUACAAUAUUGAAAUGUUUAUUUGAAAAGACAUUAUUUUAAUAUACAUUGCUGUUCAUGUUUCUGUCUGAAAUAUUUUAGGCUGACAAAGAUAAUAAUAAUAGUGAAAUAUGGUAUUUAUGCUCUGAAUAUUUUGUGAAAAAUUAUUUUACAAAUAGGUUUUACAUCUUGAAAACCAUACAAAGAAAGAGAGUAACUUUACAGGGCUACCUUUUAUAUAAGAAUACGAGGGAGAAAGAGAUUUAAGUUGAAUCAUGUUACCUGCUAUUUACAUUAUAUCAAGGGGCACUUUUGUGGACAAAAUAAUGAAAAAGAUUUCUUGAAUUUAGUACAGCAUUUUACAUUAUGUUCAAUCUUUCAAAUUCGGCAGUAUAAAUUUUAUUGAAGAUGUGCCAAGUCAUUUUAUUUUUUAAUUGAGAAAAGUGGCAACAUUUACAAACCAAAUAUACUUCUUACAUAGGUUAAAUUAUGUUUCCAAGUAAACAUAAUAAAUGUAAGUUGUAAACAUUAAUUUUUCAUAUUUUCUAUGCCCAAUCCUUAAUUGAGGCUCUACCUCAGCCAAAAUAAAAAAAAAACAUCUUGGUGGAAGUGAGAAAACACAAAUAUAAGAAAAUAUAUAUCUAUGGGAAUAUGUUACAUACAGUAUGCUUUAUAUUAAUGUAAAAUUACAGUUAUCAUCAGCCUAUGGCUACCUCAACACUACUAUGUUUUUGCUUAAAAAGAUGCAGAGGGAAAUUUCUGAACUUGGUCUUCAGAGCCAUAUAUCUCUGAAAAGAGUGACGCAGCAUUGCAGCAUAGACAGACGGAAAUGGAGACUUAAAAACCGAGUCUCUUACCAGGCUUUGAUUUGUUUCUGAUUAUUAUGUAGCCCAACCUGUACGAGAUCUUGCUCAUUACAACAUCUCAUUCUCUGAUUGGUCUUCCUUCAUGGAAGAAAAAACACAUUCCCACAUGGCAGAAAUAAAAUAUUUGUUUUCUAUGGAGCUUGUUGCAUUGCUUACCUGUAUGCAUCUAAAUUGUGUUUUGUACAUUUUAAUUGCUGCAUACAUGCACAAAAGUCAAAUAAUUUAUUACUCGCUACAGUUUUUGCAAUAAAUCCCCUCGUAGGCAGCAUUAUCACCCCUUUACCCCUUGCCCAGUGUAGACAAACAUCUAUGCCAUAUACUUUUUUGGUCGUUUUAGUGUGGAUGUGGACUUGAUAUGAGAAAAUGCUAGUGCAGAUGGAGAUUGCUUUUGCUCAAAAGUGACAUUUUUAAAUGAAAAUUUAGUAGUUUGGAUGUAGCCUAUGAUCUUACACUGUUGAAAUAUGAUAGAUAGAUAGAUAGAUAGAUAGAUAGAUAGAUAGAUAGAUAGAUAGAUAGAUAGAUAGAUAGAUAGAUAGAUAGAUAGAUAGAUAGAUAGAUAGAUACUUUAUUAAUCCCAAGGGGAAAUCACAUACUCCAGAAGCACCUUACUGAUAUAAAAAAUAUUAAAUUCCAUCCAUCCAUCCAUUUUCCAACCCGAUGAAUCCGAACACAGGGUCACAGGGGUCUGCUGGAGCCAAUCCCAGCCAACACAGGGCACAAGGUAGGAACCAAUCCCGGGCAGGGUGCCAACCCACCGCAGGACACACACAAACACACCCACACACUAGGGCCAAUUUAGAAUCACCAAUCCACCUAACCUGCAUGUCUUUGGACAGUGGGAGGAAACCGGAGCACCCGGAGGAAACCCACGCAGACAUGGGGAGAACAUGCAAACUCCACGCAGGGAGGACCCGGGAAGCGAACCCGGGUCUCCUAACUGCGAGGCAGCAGUGCUACCACUGCGCCACCGUGCCGCCCUAAUAUUAAAUUAAAGAUUGAUAAUAAUGCAGGUAAAAACAGACAAUAACUUUAUAUAAUGUUAACAUUUACCCCCCGGGUGGAAUUGAAGAGUCGCAUAGUUUGGGGGAGGAACGAUCUUAUCAGUCUGUCAGUGGAGCAGGUCAGUGACAGUAGUCUGUCGCUGAAGCUGCUCUUCUGUCUGGAGAUGACACUGUUUAGUGGAUGCAGUGGAUUUUCCAUAAUUGAUAGGAGCCUGCUGAGCGCCCAUCACUCUGCCACAGAUGUCAAACUGUCCAGCUCCAUGCCAACAAUACAGCCUGCCUUCUUCACCAGUUUGUCCAGGCGUGAGGCAUCUUUCUUCUUAAUGCUGCCUCCCCAGCACACCACCGCGUAGAAGAGGGCGCUCUCCACAACCAUCUGAUAGAACAUCUGCAGCAUCUUAUUGCAGAUGUUGAAGGACGCCAGCCUUCUAAGGAAGUAUAAUCGGCUCUGUCCUUUCUUACACAGAGCAUCUGUAUUGGCAGUCCAGUCUAAUUUAUCAUCCAGCUGCACUCCCAGGUAUUUAUAGGUCUGCACACAGUCACCUCUGAUGAUCACGGGGUCCAUGAGGGGUCUGGGCCUCCUAAAAUCCACCACCAGCUCCUUGAUUUUGCUGGUGUUCAGGUGUAGGUGGUUUGAGUCGCACCAUUUAACAAAGUCAUUGAUUAGGUCCCUAUACUCCUCCUCUUCCUGCCCACUCCUGAUGCAGCCCACGAUAGCAGUGUCAUCAGCGAACUUUUGCAUGUGGCAGGACUCCGAGUUGUAUUGGAAGUCCGAUGUAUAUAGGCUGAACAGGAUCGGAGAAAGUACAGUCCCUUGUGGCGCUCCUGUGUUGCUGACCACAAUGUCAGACGUGCAGUUCCCAAGACGCACAUACUGAGGUUUGUCUUUAAGGUAGUCCACAAUCCAUGCCACCAGGUAUGAAUCUACUCCCAUCUCUGUCAGCUUGUCCCUAAGGAGCAGAGGUUGGAUUGUGUUGAAGGCGCUAGAGAAGUCUAGAAACAUAAUUCUUACAGCACCACUGCCUCUGUCCAAGUGAGAGAGGGAUCGGUGUAGCAUAUAGAUGAUGGCAUCCUCCGCUCCCACCUUCUCCUGGUAUGCGAACUGCAGAGGGUCGAGGGCGUGUUGAACCUGUGGCCUCAGGUGGUGAAGCAGCAGCCUCUCCAUGGUCUUCAUCACAUGUGAUGUCAGAGCAACAGGCCGGAAGUCAUUCAGCUCACUAGGACGUGAUACCUUUUGGGACUGGGGUGAUGCAAGAUGUUUUCCAAAGCCUCGGGACUCUCCCCUGUUCCAGGCUCAGGUUGAAGAUGCGCUGUAGAAGACCCCCCAGCUCCAAUGCACAGACCUUCAGCAGUUAUGGCGAUACUCCAUCUGGACCCGCUGCUUUGCUGGCACGAAGUCUCCUCAGCUCUCUGCUCACUUGCACUGUUGUAAUUAUGGUUGGGGAUGUCUCUCCUAUGCUGGUAUCAGCAGAAGGAUGUGUGGAGGGUGCAGUACACCGAGGUGAGAGUGAGAGUGGGUUAGGGUGGUCAAACCUGUUAAAGAAGUUGUUCAUUUGGUUUGCUCUCUUCACGUCUCUCUCGAUGGUGGUACCCCGCUUCGAGCUGCAGCCAGUGAUGAUCUUCAUCCCAUCCCACACUUCCUUCAUGCUGUUAUUCUGCAACUUCUGCUCCAGCUUUCUCCUGUACUGCUCCUUCACCGCCCUGAGCUGGACUCGGAAUUCCUUCUGCACGCACUUGAGCUCAUUCUGAUCACCGCCUUUAAAAGCCCUUUUCUUCUGGUUCAAAAGGCCCUUGAUGUCACUUGUAAUCUAUGGCUUGUUGUUAGCAUAGCAGCGUACAGUUCUUACUGGAACUACAAUGUCCAUACAGAAGUUGAUGCAGUCAGUAGUGCAGUCAACAACUUCCUCAAUGUUCUCACUAUGCGAUCCCUGCAGGAUAUUCCAGUCUGUAGUUCCAAAACAUUCUCUCAGAGCCUUCUCUGCCUCCGGGGUCCACUUCCUGAAUGAUCGUGUGGUUGUAGGUAGGACCGUCACUUUUGGUUUGUAGUGAGGCUGAAGCAGAAACAGGUUAUGAUCUGCUUUCCCAAGCGCAGGCAGCGGGGUGGCGCUGUAUGUGUUUUUAACGUUUGCAUACAGUAAAUCAAUAGACUUAUUAUAAACUCUUAUAUAAAUAAGAUAUAGAAGAUAUAAACUCUUCUCAAUGAAAAGACAAAUUACUUCAUUUAAACAGUAUUAAAAUGCUGACCAUAGAAGUAAAUGUUUAAAAACAGCUGAAUUUCAGAUUAGGCCACUUUUCUUGUGUGAUUUAUUAUUUUUAUUAUGUUUUAUGCUCGCAUCACACAACAAUACUAAGCUACAAUAGAAUCAAACAAUUUAGUAUCUUAAAUCAGUAAUAUUAUCGAUUUAGACAGAUAUUUUUUAUAUUUUUUUUUAAAUUAUUCCAUUAAUUGCUUUCAUCAAAAUAAAAAAAACUCAUCGGGAACGUGUACUUUUUGACUGUUUAUGAAGGAAAACUAUUAAUUUUAAGCCAAAUGCAGAGGUAAGAUUACCUGCUUCAAGCCACUUCAUGCACUACAUUCCAACAAGUGUGACCCCACAAACCGAGUCAGGACUUAGACUGUGAAGUAAAUACUACAUAAAGAAAUUUGCUUCAAAGAGGCUUGCAUUAAAUAACAUUAAAAUAGCAAAUUAAUGUAACGUAUACUGCUAGAUCCCCCUGGUUUCUCUUGAAGUAUAAACACACAUCUACAUACACUCCUAGUUGUUCUAAACAUUUCUCUGUGAAAGUUCUUGUUUUGAGUUUGUGCUUAAAGGGAUAGAUUUUGGUCAGUUCUUGAAACUUGCAUUAAUUAUUACCUCUAAGCUUAAAUAAAAACACCUCACUGCCUGCACUUGUUUUAUUAAAUGAAGUGAUGCUACAAAAGAAGAUUGAAAAUGCCAUUUGAGAAAUAAGUUAUAGGUGCUUUGUAACAUGUGGAUAGACACCCAGCUGUAAUGAAUUCUGGGUGUCAUAUUUAUUUUUAGGUUUAUUUCUCAUAUAAUAUCUUUCUGCCACAUUGAAACUCUAUUUAUAGGCUAUAUAUUUACCAGCUGACCAGCAGGUUAAACAUUGUAAAAUAAAUACAUUUUGUAAUUUCUACCUUAGUUAUUGCCUGUAUCUGUUUUAGUGUUUUGGACUAACCAGAAUGCUAUGAUGUAAAACAAAACAUAUAUAUCAAUAUAUAAUCUGCAGUCUUCUGGAAAAGGGCAUCUCAUCUGUUUCUACUUGACAGCAUUUUUAUUCUGUUUAUUUAGAACUGUGCAUCAGACUGUGUAAAUGGUGAAAAGCUCCAAGCUUUCUAUUUUGAAAAUUGAUUUUGAAAAAUAUUAUGAUUUAUUAAGAUAUUGUUAUUAGGCAAUGCAUGUGAGAUUUUUUAAUGUUGCUUGUUAAAUAAUUCUCAACAUUUUCAUCUACACAAUUUCAGUUAAAAGGAAGUUUUAACCUUAUAGCUAUGAAAUCUGAAAUGUUUCCUUUUGGACAUUUUUAUUGUAGCUUGACCCUAAGUCACAUUCAUUUUGUUUGUCUUAUAGUUCUUAAAAAUACAAUAUUCAAUUACUCUCCCUAAACAUAUUUACAGUGUUA